AACAACUCCAGUACAAUUUCCUUCUACGAGGGGGCAUCUUCCUACCCCAUCCCGUGGGCACAUGUCUGGAGACAAUCCGGAUUCACGCACGAUUGUGCAUGAAAUUUGAUCACAUCUCGUGGGUCGUUCUGCAAUUUACACUUGACUCGCAUAACAGAAGAACUGUUGUGGGCGGACGUGGCCGCAUCAUUGAUCACAAUUCAAGGUUUCUGUUCCAUAGUUGACAGGAGGGUGUUGGGCUUAUAAAAGCCAAAGCCGCUUUAAUUCGUGGUCAUUCUACACAGAAAAGUGUAGCACUAGUGCACAAGACGAAAACAGUGCAGACAAGUUGUCGUUGCAGAUAUUUCGCAUUCAAAGAGCUCAAUAUGUAUCGAAUUUUGUUGCUGCUUUCCACGCUAAUGCUAGCGCAAUUUUACAGAGCUGCAGUGAUUCCACCAGAACUGAGUCACAGUGAUAUGAAAGAAAAACAAGAUGUUAUCGAGGGCGACAUAAUCGUAGACAAUGAACUGAAGAGAAUCGUUGAUAUGGCUGCUGAAGACAGGGAGAAUAAACAUGUCAGAAGACGUAGAGAUACUAUCAUGUACCAUCAAAAAAGAUGGAAGGACGCUAUUGUGCCAUACGUGAUUGACCCAAGUGUUGGCCGUGUCACCAGGAGGGCUAUCGCUUUGGCGUUUAUAGAGUUCCAUCGAAGCACAUGUCUUUGGUUUACGCCUCGAAAAAACGAGACUGACUACAUCAGAAUUGUCAAGGGCGAGGGAUGUUACUCAAAGGUUGGACGUCAAGGCGGUGAGCAGUUAGUUUCCCUUGGAGAUGGAUGUGCCGGCCGAAAGAAUGUUCUUCACGAGCUUAUGCACGCUAUCGGGUUCUUCCAUGAAAAUUCCAGAUACGACAGAGAUAGUUUCGUUAAAGUUUUAUGGUGGAAUAUUAUAUAUGGUGCCGAGAAAAAUUUCUUGACUUACAACCACGGCAUAAUAGAUACAUUGCGCAUGCCAUAUGACAUACACUCUUUAAUGCAUUAUGACAACAAAGCAUUUACAAAGAAUUUCGGAGACACAAUGCAGGCAAAAGAGAAUCCCACUGAAUCACUGGGUGGAAAAACCUUCAGUAAAAUUGACCUGAAACAAGUUUAUCUUCUCUACAAAUGCAAGAAACCAAGAUACAGAGUGAGGAAAGACCGUUGUAAAGACAGAAUGAAGACAGGAUGUUUCCUUUUUAUGGCCUAUCCACAUCUAUGCAAUAUCCAUAAGCAUUACACUCGGAGCUACUGUCACAGAACUUGCAGAGUUUGUGAACCUUGAGCAUAAAGACGGUUCAGUUAAAAUCUAAAGAUGAAUUGCAAUUAGUGGCCACUUGGCAGGUUUUUGCAGCAACAAACGUCAAAGACGCUUUUACGAAACUCACUUCUUGUGAAAGACAUCUAGCCAUUCACAAACUCAAUGUUGGAUUCUAGAUUGUUUUCAAAUCUUAAUGCAAAUGUGUGCCCUGGAAGUCUGUCUUCAAAGUUAGAGAACAUACUUAAGCUGGUCUGAGGAAAGUGCUUCUACUGUCUUGUUUUGUUAUUGGUUGUCUGAAAUGGUAGAUGAUGUACAUAUCACUUCAUAUUGUUAUACUAUAGUUUAAUAGAUGUAGAAUAUGUUAAAUAGGUUUAGCGUUCUAUGCAUGAACUGACAUUUUGUUAACGACGGUUAAUUUUUUGUUAGUUUAUCUUGAUAAUCAUACGAAACAUGACAACACAAAGUGACGUCAUUGUCAAUGAGCAUUUUUAUAGAAUUGUCAUUUAAACGACUAAAGAAGUUAUUAUUUUGCUUUCGUGCGUAAUUAAUCGAUGUUACAAACAUUAAUCUUAAAGUAUAAAUUUAUGUUUACAGAGUACUUCUGGCUUUCACUUUCCUUCGCAAAUAUAUUUUCAAAGAAUAUAAGGGUAGUUUCAGAGGAAGAUGUUCAAUUGCAACCUCAAAUUUUCACCAGCAACUUGUAUAUAUCUUUUUGAAAUAUAACUUAUAAUCUAACCCUUUCUCUUUGCAAUCCAAAACGGUUAUUAUAUGAUCAAACUUUGGAACGAAGUAUAUUAACAGCACCAAAAUGACUUUUUAACCCCUGGUCUACAUUCUGAGCGUGGAUGUACCUAGAUCUAUUUGCUUUUUCUCAUCCCUUCUCGUACUUAAUUUUCUAUGGUUACAUUUAUUCUAAUAACGUCGUCAUUCAAAUUGUAAAUUUUGAUUGAGAUAUAUUUGUAUGUAUGUAUGCAUGUUUAUAUUUACAGAAAACAAAUAGAAUAUGUAAUAUUUAUACAAAAUUAACGGAAAUUCUAA